CCCCAGGGCUGCUGAAACCGAAAGUGCUGGGCUUCUGGCGCUAGACGCCAGACCCCCGGGCGGAUUUUUAUCUCCCUUGCCGCGAGCUGUUGCUGCUUCAAGUUGGGAAGCCAAACAGUAAAAUAUGAACGGAAGAGUGGAUUAUUUGGUUACUGAGGAAGAAAUCAGUCUCACCAGAGGACCCUCAGGUCUGGGCUUCAACAUCGUCGGUGGGACAGAUCAGCAGUAUGUCUCCAAUGACAGUGGCAUCUUCGUCAGCCGCAUCAAAGAGAAUGGGGCUGCAGCCCUGGAUGGGCGGCUCCAGGAGGGUGAUAAGAUCCUCUCGGUAAAUGGCCAAGACCUAAAGAACCUGCUGCACCAGGAUGCUGUAGACCUCUUUCGUAAUGCAGGCUACACUGUGUCCCUGAGAGUGCAGCACAGGUCACAGGUGCAGAAUGGGCCUGUGGGACAUCAAGGUGAUGGGGAACCAAGUGGUAUUCCCAUAACUGUGGUGCUGGUGCCAGUGUUUGCCCUCAUCAUGGUAGCAGCCUGGGCCUUCAUGAGAUACCGCCAUCAACCUUGAAAAGCUCGCUUUCUUCCAGUGCUCCCAAAGAAGAACACACAUCCCUUUCUCUGACCUUCCUCCCCUGCCGUUCUCCCGUAACUUUCCCUUCCCCACAUGGCCAACUCAUGAUUUAAAGAGACUGUUACCCAACCA